AUGAGCUCGCGGCAGACAUGUCUGACCCGCGGACUCUCCAAUCUCCAUGAUGAGGCCGUCAAACGAAGUCGGUGCAACCUCGUGGCCAGCCGAGGUCAUAGCGACCUCGCAGAGGCCUUACGGCCAACGAAAUCGCUGCAAGAGGUGCUACCAUCGCCUGCUAUGAUGGCACAGGGUCGCUUGCUGUGUAUCCAAAACCACUUGGCCAUGGUCUGUGAUAGCCUUUGGGCUAUCAAUUCAAUGAUGAUUAUCCCUAAGAUGAGAGUGUUGUAUAACAUGUAUUUGCAAUCGAAGAAGUUGGAUGGUGUGUUAGAUGUACCUAUAGAAUUUGCAGAUUGGGAGACAGAUGUGGCUGCAUCAGUUACAGAUGCAGGAGAAUUGCUUGGUCGAAUCUUGGAUUGGGAAGCAAGUCUGCAUCGUUACAUUGUGGGCAACCCCCAACAGGUGCACUUUCGCCAUGUUAUUCUAGUAGAGCUGAAAGAGAUGUUGUGCUGCUUGAAUUCUCUUGUGCUCAGAGGAUCUGCAAUGGGUCUUCGGAGGGACCCCAUGAGUUCUAUGAACCCACUCCGAGAAGACUACUCCAUCGUCCUAAACAAUGAGGUGGUGGGUAGACAGGAAGAUAUAGAGAAACUCAUUGUAAUCUUUCAACAAUAUCAACCGGUACCAUCCAACAACAAUGGCAAUGAUAGCGAUCCAUUUGUGAUUGUCAUAGUCGGCAAAGAAGGGGUUGGGAAGGCAACCUUGGCACGAAUGAUCUACCAUCACACUUGGGUUUGCAAACAAUUUCAUCAUCGCAUUUGGGUGGAUGUACCCCGCCUGUCGCCGUUCAAGAUUGUUAAUAUAAUUAGAAAAGAAUUUGCAAGGUCCAUAAACAAUGAAGAAUAUUGCGAUUUACACCGUGAGCUGCCGCUACAUGCCUUUUGGGAAUACAUCAAUGAACAACUCGAUGGAAGGAGAUACUUGUUGGUGCUUCAUUUUGAAUAUUUGGCUAGUUUGACGCAACAAGAGUGGAAUGAGUUGAAGAACAUCCUGUUACCUGUGGGCGGGCCUGGGAGUGGAGUCUUGAUCAUCAACAGAUCAUCAACACAAUCAGUAAGUGACAUGGGUUUUCUACAUACGGUGAAGAAUAUUAGAACAUACUGCUUGAAUCCCUUAUCAGAGGAUGCAUGGUUGGAAUUAUUCAAGAGACACGCAGCAACAACAAUCCCAUCGAAGCAGGACAAAUCAGAGAUCGAUGAGCUCAUUCCAUUUACUAAGCAACACUUCCAAAACUUGAUUCAUCAACCUUUAUUGGCAAAGAUUGUUGGAUGGUUAAACCAUGAUGUUCAGACAACAUUUCCUAGUCCCUUACCUGCUGCACUAGAAGAAUUUUAUAUGCUUAGGAAUUUGCAACUUGUCAACAUACGAGUACUCCAAUACCGUAUCCUACUUUCUGGUAUUCAGAAUGAAUAUAAUGCCAUCUUACGUGUGUUGACCACUGAAUACCUCAUACCAACUGAAAUGGCCGGACUUGGUUGGAUCGAGAGCCAUUAUACAACACAGGAAGUACUAGAAUUCAUGAUUCCAAGGAUGGUCUACUACUUGCGUACGAAGGUCCCUAAAGAUUCAACUACUAUUCCAAGGUGCUGUCGCUAUUUGCGUUUGGAAAUUAAUCCUAGAGCGACACUAUUUCGACUGCCAAUCGUGCCAAUUGAGGUGAGCAGGAAGCUGAUAUCGUUGAUUCUACAAGAAGAUGAGACAGCAACACAAGAAUAUGAUGAGGAGGAAAUAACACUUCAAGCAUACAAAAAAAGACGCAUGAAAGCAGCAACUGCAAUAUUAAAGUUCCUCAAUAAUAUGUUGGUAAGACUCGUACAUUUGCGUAUAUUAAUUGUAGAAACUAGUAUAAUCCAAACCCUGCCCAAUGAAGUUAGUAUGUUGGUUAAUUUGAGAUACCUCCACCUUUCAAAGCUUAAGAUGGAAUUACUUCCGAAAUCACUUUUUGACCUACAUAAUUUGCGAGUUUUAAGUUUGAUUUGUUGCAAAAAGCUUCAAAAGAUACCUGAACGAAUCUAUAAGCUUGAGAAGUUGGAGGUUUUGAGUCUAGCUUACUGCACAAAGCUUCAGCAGUUGCCAAAAUCUAUAACAAGACUCCAAAACUUACUACAACUUGAUAUGGAAGGUUGUUGUUGGCUCAGAAAGUUACCAGAGGAUUUGUUCAGAUUUAAAUCACUGAGAGUCCUCCAUGUCACAGGAUGUGCAUCCUUGUCUCAAAUUCCCCUUGGGAUCGAGCAAUUAUUUGGCCUUCGGAGUUUGGUAGUAAUAUUGGCUGGUGUCGAUGGAUGUUUUGGGCUCGCAGAGUUGCAAGCUUUAACAAAUCUUCAACAAUUAACAUUACAAAACUUAGAACGAGUAAAGGAGACUCAGACUGAAAUGCUGAUGGGUCAACAAAGGCUUCGGAUCUUGUCAUUGCGUUGGGGUGGUGAAGAAGCAAAUGAUAGUUCUGAAUCAGCUACACCACUGCAGUUGAGAUCAGACUCAUCAAUCUCAGGAGGUGUGCUACAUUACCAUCACUUGGUCAACUUCCCCGUCUCGUGA